CAAAGCUCUCUACGGACUCAAUGGUACACGAAAAUAGAUUCUUUCCUAAUUUCCCUUCGCAGCGCUGCUUAUUUUGUGCGCUAUAUGUGGACGAUGCUAUUCUUCAACUACGUUUGAUCCACAAAUUUAAAACGUACCUUGGAGCUAAAUUUGCCAUGAAAGUUGCAUAUCCAGGUGACGCAAAACAGGGAGCGAGGCACUCUGGAGCUAAGCCAGGCAAACUAUGUUUCCGACGUGCUCCAGAGCAAUCUAGUCGCUCCAGCAGCCUGAUCUACCUGGUAAUCUCCACUCGGCCUGACCUUGCGUAUGCUGUGGGCACAGUGGCGAAGUACUUGGACCGUCCCUCCGCAGCACACUUGCAGGCUUUGAAACGUAUUAUGAGGUACAACUUUGAAGUACUCCAGAGGCAACAAGCUGGUUGGUUACUCUGAUGCUG